CUGCAGCUUCUCCUUGGAGGCGCGUGCUUUUUCUGCCAGAAUGUUUUCCUCUUGUGUUAUCACUGUGAUGGGCAUCUUUUAAAAACAAACAUCCACUGGGUGACUGCUACUUUACCAAGCUCUGCCUGUUUUGGGGCGUGUGUGUGUGUUUACAGCUGUAUCGGUGCCAAGUGGCACCACUCUAACUGCGUGGGCUAAUUAAGACAACUUAAUUCUGCACGUUUUAAUUCGCGCUACAUUUGUGCAAAGUGAGGGAUGAUGGCUCUGCACAAGACAUGGCAGGGUAGGCGUGCGAAACCCAAGCAGCCCGAGGUGUCAAGUUGGCCGUGCUUAUGCUGACAGCAGUGAUCUGGGUUCAAUCAGAUGUCAUCCUCCCAGAAUGUGGCUGGUGAUGUGACUUUUACUGGCUUUUUGGUAGUUAAUUAAUUUUAUAGGAGCUGGAUCAGUGAGCUGAUAAACAGAUUUGUGUGCAUAAUUAAGUAAAGUUGCAGCAUUAUAAAUGAAAACGAUCUAAGCUGACUCAAAAAUAUUUUUCCUUUAGAGCAGUGGUGUUCAAACUAUUUAGACCAUGAGCCACAGUUAUAAAAACAGUUUACGUCAAGACCCAGUAUGCACGCACCCACACACUUCCCUGUCCUGUGCUCAUGCAGUGAGUUUCUUGAAAAAAAUAAUCUGCCCUUACUAUGUGUGACGGACUUGGGUAUUUUUCUACUCUAUUUCAUUUUUUUUUAAAUGCUAGUUGUGACUCACUGAAUUGGUUCUGUGCCCUAGAGGCUGGAAAACGUGGCUUUAGAGUAGUUGACCCACCACCCAAGUUUGGAAAACCAUGCAAAGACCAAGCAGACACGUUCAACUUGCAGAUGUCACAAGACCGAGAAGGAUUAUAAAUACACUGGCUGUCGGUAUUAGGGUUCAAAGAGAUCUUUACAAACUAGUAUGUGCAGUGCUUUAGAGCAUGAGGUCCCAAACCUCCAUGAGAGUUGGAGCCGUGCUGUCAUCAGUGGGGUGGCUGGGACAUCCCUCUCAGGCUCACUGUGCCAUCUAUAGGACAGAGGGAACAGCAUCCUCCUGGGAUUCUGGGAGGUGUCAAUAAUUACUAUGGAAGCAGCACGCACACAGUGGAUAAUCAAUAAAUAGUGUUUUAAAUUUUGAAGUUGAGUACAUCCUGCACUUGGGUUUAAAAAAAAAAAAAAAUUCACAUGCCUAUAGGACGGAACAACAGAGCUUCACAGUGGUCCUCCUGUGAAAAAGCCCCAGUGGGUUUGCCUCAAAGCUAAACAGGAGGCAAUAGAAUCUAGAUGUGGUUGCCAAAAAUCUACUGCAAUCUUGGACUGCAUUUCCAAAAGUUCAAUCAUAGAGGGAUAAAAAUAAUCAUCCUAGUGUGUUCUGCACAUUCAGGCCACAUCUGGAGUGUCAGGUUUCGUUCUGAGGGAUAUGUUGAAAGGGGCAUUUUCAAUGGGAGCUUGUUCAGAGGACAGCUGCAGUGGUGUGGCCAGGAUGCCGGACUAGUGAUACCCACCAGGGCAUCCACCCCAUACGUGGUUCAAAGACUUCAGGAUAGAAACGUCAAGAAGGCAGAUUUUGAGGUGCCUGGCUGGCUCAGUAGGCAGAGCAUGUGACUUCUGAUCUCGGGGCUGUGAGUUUGAGCUCCAUGCUGGAUGUAGAGUUUACUUUAAAAAGGCAGACUUCAAAUUAACAGAAGGGGGAACUUUCAAAAAAUGGAAUCAGUUGCCUUUUGAGGUAAUGUUCUCCCUUUUCUGGAAUCAUUUAGACAAGAGGCAGGAUGUGUGUCUCUGUUGGAGAUGGGAUGUCUAGAUGGGGUGGGAACCUGGACUAAAUGAUAUUGAAGAUUUUUUUAAAUUCUCAGACCAUGUUGCUGUUAAAAACAAGCUGAGUUACUUGAGGCCAAGGCUGGGAAGGGAAGGCAGGGGGCUCUCCCAGGAGGCUCCCCUGGACUCAAGUUCCCUUGACUAAAAUGGGUGACUGACUCUCCUGCAGACAGACAUCUUCUGCUAAGGAAAUGGAAGGGCACUAGAACAGGACAGAGUGCAAAUGAAAUGAAAACAGGCCUCGUGCUUCCUACUCAUCUCCCUUUCCCAUCUUCCUCUCUCCCUCUGCAGUCUUUGAUACCCUGGACUCAAACAGUUUGGAGCUCGGGCUGGGCUCAGAGCGGUUCUUCAGUUAGGAAGUUAACAGCAGCAUUUACUGGAGCAAGCUGCCAGAACUGCUGGGCCUGACAUUGUACCAUUUCAGUUUGGUUUCAUUUUCCUCCCCAGCUGGCUCCUGAAAUAACCCUCUAGCUUUCAAACCAGUGUUUGAAUCAACAAGUGAGCAAGAAGUAACCUCAAGAAAAACAAACUUUGGGAGAAUGUGCACUGAGAAGAGCCAGAGGGAGUCCCUCUGGAUCAAGUUAAUUAAGAAACAAACAUGAGGGUAUACUGGAAUCAAAACCAAGGAACGCAGUGAAGACAGGUUUCUCAAUUGCCCAGAGGAGAAGACACAGUUCCUUUUCAACUAAAAUUAGAAAGCCACUGGGAACAUAAGCCAAGAAGCACGGGUUUGCACCUGGCUUUUGGAAAUCAGCAGUCCCCCCGACGGAGCAUCAGCUAACAGGCUGGGAACUCUUUGUCAACAAGUUCUUAAACGGCUAACAAUUCUGCUAAGAGCUUGCAUGUAUCUAGCUGGUACUCCAAAGACCCAAGUAAAAACAUUAAACGGAGGUUUCUGCCCACUCCGCAGUCUAAGGCGAGAAGUCAUCUGUCCAAGGGGUGCCCUCGUGUCCGGACACCAUCUCUGCAUUGGGACAUAUCGGGAACCAGGUUGGGUUCUCUGCCCAGCAGUGCCCAUGUGGUUGGCGCCGUCUGCAUUUCAAGCAUUCCCUUGCUCCUCUCUGCACUCGGGAGGGCCCCGAAUCGCUGGCGGGCACCUAGAGUCAGAGUGCAGGAGGGUCCCCCGAACACAGGACAAGGACGAGGAGCGUCGGCCGCCUCCUCGGGGCGGACCCAGGCUAUGUCCACGGGCCGAGCAGCACUGAGGCGGGUCGGCAACCAGGCGGAGGGGGGUGCCAGGCCCGCCCGGGUGCCCGCACCUCUUGCCAGCCCCCGGAAGCGCCACCCUCCCGCCCAGCGGGCUCCGAGGGGGCGGGGAGUCGAACGCCCCCUUCCGGGUGCCUCCGCCCGGCUGGCCAUCCCCGCUCCUCCUCCGGGCGGGAAUCCUCCCUCCCCCGCCCCUCCCGGAGCCGGGCCCCGGCGCCAGGCCCGGCCCCAGGGGGGAACCCCCAGCCCCGGCUCCCCGUCCCUGCGGCCUCUGCCCGUCUUCCCGACCCUUGGGGGCCGGGAAGACCCCGCCGGCAGCGGCGAGGACCCACCGCUCAUUACGACAUCUUCCUCCCUGGCCUCCGCCGCCUCCGCCGCCACCGAGAGCCUGACACCGCCCGCCCAGCACCCGCCAAUCCCGGAGCCCGCCACCGCCCGAGCGACGGCAGCGUUCACCAAUAAAAGUUCAGUACAUUGGGGACCGACAGCACCAAUAACCAAUCAAAGAGAGGCAUCUAGAGCGACGUUGGUUUAGCCAAUCGACCUGUGAAAUGUCACUGAUGGACGGUAGAGGGCACCAACCGGAAACCUACUGAAGAGUGAACGACAUGUUCGCCAGCCAAUUGGCGGGAGGCAAAGUCCCGCCCGCUAGGUGGAUGAUGGACAGCAACAGGAAGCUAGACGAGGAGGGGUUUAGCCGAGGAGUGGUUUUGUAUUGGUCGUGGUUGACCUUCCACCCACCUCGAAUCCAAAAGAUGAGUGAUAGAUCUCCCCUAAAGCCAAUCAGAAGUCCUUAGGGUGAGGCCCAGAAAUGCCCUAUAAAUAGUACAUACAUUACACCUCAGUCCAGUGUCGCCCUGGUGUGGCAGGGGCCACCUGCUUUUCGGCCACUCAAGCCCCGUGCCUGGUCCCACCUGAGGUGCCCCUGACCAUCCCUGUUCCUCACCCCACCCCGGAUCCCGGCAAUGCUAACCGCUGUCUGCGGCUCUCUGGGCAGCCAGCACACGGACGCGCCCCACGCCUCCCCGCCGCGCCUCGACCUGCAGCCUCUCCAAACAUACCAGGGCCACACGAGCCCGGAGGCCGGGGACUACCCCUCCCCGCUGCAGCCUGGAGAGCUGCAGAGCCUCCCGCUGGGCCCUGAGGUGGACUUCUCACAGGGCUAUGAGCUCCCGGGGGCCUCCUCUCGGGUAACCUGCGAGGACCUGGAAAGCGACAGUCCCUUGGCCCCGGGACCCUUUUCCAAGCUCCUGCAGCCGGACAUGUCACACCAUUACGAAUCGUGGUUCCGGCCAACUCACCCAGGCACUGAGGAUGGCUCGUGGUGGGACCUUCAUCCGGGCGCCAGCUGGAUGGACCUCCCCCACACUCAGGGCGCGCUGACCUCACCCGGCCACCCCGGGGCGCUGCAGGCUGGCUUGGGGGGCUACGUCGGAGACCACCAGCUUUGUGCCCCGCCGCCCCACCCACACCCGCACCACCUCCUCCCGGCCGCGGGAGGGCAGCACCUCCUGGGGCCUCCCGACGGGGCUAAGGCCUUGGAAGCGGCCGCCCCCGAGUCCCAGGGGCUGGAUUCCAGUCUGGACGGGGCAGCCCGGCCCAAAGGCUCCCGGCGCUCAGUGCCCCGCAGCUCCGGCCAGACCGUCUGCCGCUGCCCCAAUUGCCUGGAGGCGGAGCGACUGGGGGCUCCGUGCGGGCCCGACGGCGGCAAGAAGAAGCAUUUGCACAAUUGCCACAUCCCGGGCUGCGGGAAAGCCUACGCCAAGACGUCGCACCUGAAGGCGCACCUGCGCUGGCACAGCGGCGACCGCCCCUUCGUGUGCAACUGGCUCUUCUGCGGCAAGCGCUUCACGCGCUCCGACGAGCUGCAGCGCCACCUCCAGACCCACACGGGCACCAAGAAGUUCCCCUGUGCGGUCUGCAGCCGCGUCUUCAUGCGCAGCGACCACCUGGCCAAACACAUGAAAACCCACGAGGGCGCCAAAGAGGAGGCUGCAGGGGCGGCCCCGGGCGAGGGCAAGGCCGGCGGAGCGGUGGAGCCCCCCGGGGGCAAAGGCAAGCGGGAGGCCGAGGGCGGCGCGGCUCCCUCCAACUGAGCUGCUCCCGUCCCGCCCCCCACGCUGGUCUCCCCUGGGGGCAUCAGAGGAGAUUUCCCCGCCCCCGCCCCCCCCCCCCCGCCGGCAUGACGCCCUUGGGGGGCGACUUGAGUCCGAGGAGAAGGUGGUUAUUUAUUGAGGGGGAGGAAAAGUGGUGCGGGGUCAGGGGUACCGGGCGCUAGGGUUUUCUUUAGUCUCUGGGGCUGGACGAGAUGUGUUUGGCUGGGCUGGGAGGAGCUGCGCAUGCCCCUCCGUCCUCCCCUUCCUCACUACUUCGCUCCUGUGUCCGGGCUGGGGGGUUGGGGUGGGGUACCCCUACCGCGGCUGGAGGGCGGAGGGGACCUGCUGGAAGAGACGGCGCGUCCCCGGAGCAGAGAGGAGUGGGGCCGCCGCGGGCGCUGGGGGUAGCUGUCCGGACACGUCCUUAGCGCCUGGGAACCGGGACAUAAAAGUGCCUCCGGACCCGCCCUGCGGCCCAGGUCCCUUUCAUCCCCCUUAUAGUGCUUCUAUCCUUAUGGUUUCCCGAGGGAGAGCUGAGGUGGGGUAGGGGAGACAGGGGUCCCCCCUUAGGGAGGGGUCUCUAUCUGGUUGGGAGGGUUGUUGCUGUAGAAAUAACUCCUUUGAUGUGCCUCCUGAUUAACCCUUCCAAACCCACUCUGAUGGAGCCAUGAAGGAAGAGGGGAAGAGACCAGAAUCGAGAGCAGUGGGGUGCAGGAGGGAGCUAGACUGGGACGGGGAGGGCAGAAAGUCCCCUUCCAAAAUGAGAGAAAGGGAUUUGGUGGGGCAAUGGAAGGAAUUAACCCCUUACCUCUCUAACUCGGAUUCAGUCCUUAACUCAUGGUUUUUAUGGGAAAAAAAAAAAAGUUCAGUAUAGUUCACAUUCCCCCUCUGUUACCUGAUCUAGGUUUUCAAGGCAACCGGAAGCCCCGGCCCUCACCCUAGAAUUGAUGUAGUUCCUCAUCCUGGGUCCCCGCCCCCAUCAUUUGCCUUCCCCUUAGGGAUGGAAGGAAAAGGGUUACCUGGGUUGCCUGGGGGAGUAGGUGGGGUGUCCCAGCAGAGGGACCUCCAGUGGUCCCCACUCAGAGAAGAGGACUCUGCCUCUGCCCAGCCAUCUUCUAUUCACUGAGAAGCUCAGGCCCACUCUUUCUUUUCUCUCCCCUCCCCUUUCUCUGCUGCCUGCAAGCCUUGGCCCUCCUGUAGAGUAUGUGUUAGGAGGCUCCUUUCUCCUCAUCUCAAUUCUGGGCAGGGGAACUCCCCUUCCAUAUGAAGGAGGUGUUCUCCCACUGGAAGGGGUCUGCCUUCUGAGGUGAUGUCCAGGAAGCUGUCCUUGUCCCCUUCUUUAGAUGCUAGAGAUACAUCCUGAUUUUGAUCUUGGGGUGGGGACUGGGGAGGGGAGAGCCUCACAGGGGUGGAGCCAGGCAAAGGGAAGGAAGCUGAUAGGGGUAAGGAUCUGGAACUAGUACCCUUUCCAAAGCUAGAGGUAGAGGCCCUAAGAUUCCCUCUGACCUCCCUUGACCUUGCCCCUCUUUCUCCACCCAGAGCCCUAUGCAAGGAUUAGUUGUGUAUUGAUUUUUAAGUUAUAAGCAAAAGGUAUUUUAUUUAAUAUUAGGGCAUGUGUGUGUGCAUGUUGUUUGUACCUGUGUGUGCAUGUGUGUGUGUUUCUCUACUGAGCCUGGGGUCUCCAGCUGGAGAGACCCCACCUUAUUCACCCCGUCCAAAGUCCUAGGGCUUAGGCCCACAGCAUCUCUCCCUCCCUUGGGGAUGCUGGAGCCCAGUCCCAGGACUGGGAGCUAAAUGGGAAGUGGGUCUGGGGUCUGGUUAGGAAUAUGCGUUUGCAAAGAAGGGAGCCCUUCUUAGAAGGGACAGGGUGACUCUCCCUGAGAGACCAUGGGCCUGGGGUAGUUUAAGAAGUAAUGUUCUUUCUUUUUGCUCCCUCUUUUCCCUACCUCUUGCUAUGCCAACCAGAGGUCCCUUUCCUUGUCGAGAGGGUUGGGGGCAGGAGAGAGUUGGCAGUACCGCAGGUUGCCUGGCCAGGUGGAGACAGGGGGAGAGAGGGAGGGCCCUGUGGGUGUGGGAUGCCUUUCUCCUCCACCCAUCGAAACCAGCCACCCCCUCCCUGUGCCACCAGGACAGCCUUCCCCAGUGACCACUGUAAGGGGAACUCCCGAAUGGGUGUUGGGGCGGCAGGGGGGGACACUGAUGUUCCCCCUAUGGAGGCCUUGAGCUCUAAGGGUGCGGGUGAGGGCUUUGGAUGGGUUUUCUUCUGCUCCCCUCCUUUAUAGAUCUAGGUUGCUUGGCUGUCUACCCCCUUGUAGGCAGCCCCCUAGAGGAGAAAUGUAGGAUUUUUUUUCCCUUUAACUGCUGUGAACCCCCUUUGGGGGGGGAGGAGGAGGAAGAAACAGCCUGUGUUUUUUAUGCCAUAAUAAAGUCAUC